UAAUAAACACAUCCUAAUUAAAAAAUAAUUUUGGCUACCCCUAAUAAAAUUGAGAUGUAAAACUUCUUAAUCAGGGGUUCCAGCAAUCAUGCUGAGCAUUAUUUUUCCAAAAGAUUUUAAUAUUCCGCUCGAAUUUAUCCAGCAUUACAAUUUUUCUUCUAGUUAAAAUAAACACGGAAUACACUAAUCGGCAAUUUUGAUUAUCACAUGAAUAAUUUUUUUUUGACACCUGUCAAAAGGAUAAAUUAAUUUGGAAAAUUAAUCCAAUUGUUUAUUUUCUUCUCAAAUGAUUGCUAUAGUAACAUGAUUGCCACAAAAUGGAAAUAAAUAAUCCAAAAACUGCAGGUCAGAAACGACGAGUAACCGUUAAAUUAACUCAUCCGAAUCCAUUAUUUGAAAAAUGGCUCACAGAAUGGAAAAUUGAAGCUGAAACGAAAGAUUCAAAGUUAAAAUAUAGUUUUCAACAUGCAUUAAAGUCAUUACAAAAAUAUCCAAUCCCUUUAGAAAGUGGAAAAGAAUGUGCAAUAUUGAAAGGUUUUGCUACACGAAUAUGUCAAAUGUUAGAUCAACGUUUACGCGAAUAUCGAGCAAAUCGAGAAAAUAAAAACGAUGAUAAUCUGAUAAUAGAAAAUGAAGCAGUUUCAAAACCUAAACGUUCGAGAAAAUCAAAAGGUUCACCUGUUAAAGUUUCGAAACAAAAAAGUUCGACAUCUAGUAAUAAUUACAUCCCACGGCCGGGAUCUGGAGGGUAUGCAAUUUUAUUAGCGUUAUUAACGAAAGAACAGGAAGCCACCUAUCCAGGAUUUGUAUUAAAAAGUGACCUGAUUACAAGCGCUCAACAUUAUUGUGAUAAAUCUAUGACGGUUGCUGAACCAGGUACCAGAUAUACUGGUUGGUCUUCUAUGAAAACUUUACUAGAAAAAGAUCUAGUACGAAAACGAGGAAAUCCAGCAAAAUUUUCGCUUACUGAUGAUGGAAGAAACAUUGCUAUCAACCUACAUGCAGAUAUUACAAACGAAGAUGACGAAAUCGUUUCAAAUCCUUUAGAAAAUCAAUUCCUAAAUAGUUCACGGUCCUCAGAAAAGUCGAAAAAUUCAUCGAAAUCUUCACCAGAAGAAUCGUUCAAAAAACCUUUCGAAACCAAAACAUAUAAUUCCAAAAAAACUGUGUUAAAUUCGGAGAAAAAAUGCGAAACUAUUACAAAACCUUUGAAUGAUGAAAAUGAGUAUCCAAAUAUUGAUUCCUAUAAAUUUAAUACCGUAUUCCCUUCCUCACAACAAUCUUCUCCUGAAAUUUCUCCAGAUCCUGUUGAUCCAUGUGAAAUCAUUAGCUUAGACGAUGAUGACAGUAAUUCUCCAAACAGUUCUGAACACAAAUUCGAGUUUAAUUUAUCCGGGGACAAAAAAUCUUUAGAAGGUGGAAAACGCGUUUCCAGUGAAUACAUUCCUGAUUCUGGAAGUAAUGAAUUCAUUCUUUUAAGGAAAAUCUUUUUACAAAGUCAAGAAUUCAAUUAUUUAGGAUUUUUAUUGAAAUCUGAUCUCUCACCUGAAAAUAUUUCUUCAAUGGAAAUUUUACUCAAGAAUGGACUUAUUGAGGAUGAUUUCAAUAAAAUUUCAAUUACAGAUAAAGGAUUAAAUGUAGCAAUCGAUUUAUUGACUACAACCGAAAUAUUUAAUCGACCAACAACACCGAAAGUCGAAAGUAAUGAAGAAAUAAUUGAAGGAAUAUUAAAUUCACCCCUGUUUAAAAAUAAAUUUCGAAUAUCUAAUUUUAAUUUUGAUGAAGAUUGUAAUAACUUUAAUGAGGAUCACGAUUUACCGAUUAAUAGUCCACCAAAAUCGCCAUUAAAUUGGAAAUCAAAAUCCUCAGAGGUCUCGGAUAAAAUGGAAACAAUUGAUUUAAAUCAUGAUAGAAUAGGCGAUGGUCAUAAUUUUAAUGAGGAUUACGAUAUACCGAUUAAUAGUCCACCAAAAUCACCAUUUAAUUGGAAAUCAAAAUCCCCAGAGGUCUCGGAUAACAUGGAAACAAUUGAUUUAGAUUAUGAUAAAAGAGGCGAUGAUCAUAAUUUUAAUGAGGAUUACGAUUUACCGAUUAAUAGCUCACCAAAAUCGCCAUUAAAUUGGAAAUCUAAAUCCCCAGAAGUCUCGGAUAAAAUGGAAACAAUUGAUUUAAAUCAUGAUAGAAUAGGCGAUGGUCAUAAUUUUAAUGAGGAUUACGAUAUACCGAUUAAUAGUCCACCAAAAUCACCAUUUAAUUGGAAAUCAAAAUCCCCAGAGGUCUCGGAUAACAUGGAAACAAUUGAUUUAGAUUAUGAUAAAAGAGGCGAUGAUUAUAAUUUUAAUGAGGAUUACGAUUUACCGAUUAAUAGUCCACCAAAAUCGCCAUUAAAUUGGAAUUCAAAAUCUCCAGAAAGCUCUGAUAAAAUGUCAAUCAAAAAUAAGUUUUCCGAUAUUGAAAUCAGCCCACCAAAGUCGUCAUUAAAUUGGAAACAAAAAUAUUCAGAAAGUUCGGAAACAAUUGAUUUGGAUGAUGAUAUCAUAAUUUUGGAAAAUCCAAUAUUUUCGAAAAUCAAAAAUAAGUUAUCUGAUAUAGAAACAAAAAUUAAUAAUGCAGAAAAGAAAUUAGAAAAUAAAGAGACAAAAACAGAUGAAAAUACUAUCUCAAAAAAAUUCACUGAUAAUUCAAAUAAAAAUACGAUUUUAUCCGAUAAUUCCAAAAGUAAGGAGAAAAAAGGAAAUAAAAAAUUGAAUAAGGAUAUUUUAGUAGAAAAAGAUUCACCGAAAGAAGAUACCAGAAGCAAUUUCGAUGAUAUUAUUUUCCAACCAUCUCGAUUUGAAAUUAUCUUACUUGUCGAUACACAGGAAACUGCUGGUCCGAAAAAAUCUAACUUAAAUGAUGUCACACAACAUGAAUUAACACGGCACGGUAUCAAAUUCGAGAUACGUCGAUUAAGUGUUGGAGAUUUUGCUUGGAUUGCACGGAACAAUUUAAAUCAAGAAUUAAUAUUACCAUAUAUUUUAGAACGGAAACGUAUGGAUGAUUUAAGUUCAAGUAUUAAAGAUGGUCGAUUUCAUGAGCAAAAAUUUCGUUUAAAACAUUGUGGAAUACAAAAUUUAAUGUAUUUAGUCGAGAGUUAUGGUUCGAAGGACCAUUUGGGAUUACCAUUUAAUACACUUUUACAAGCGGCUACAAAUACUCAAGUGCAAGAGAAUUUUAUUGUUAAAUUUACAGAAUGUCAUAAACAUUCAAUGGCAUAUAUUUCAACAUUUACAAAACAAUUGAUACAAAUUUUUAAAGAUAAAACUCUAACAGGUUGUUCAAAAGAAAGUCUUAUUGAUUCGGAUAUUACCGAUCGGAUAAUUCCUUUAAUGAUUUUCUCCGAAUUCAAUAAAGCAUCAACCAAGAAUAAGAAUGUUAAAGUUCGUGAACUAUUUAUACGACAAUUAUUACAAAUAAAAGGAGUAUCAUUUGAAAAAGCAAUGGCAAUCACGGAAAAAUAUCCAACGCCAUUACGUUUACGUAUUGCUUACAUAAAAAAUCCAGAUUAUGUUGGUGAAAAAUUAUUAUCAUCAAUACAAUAUAGUAAAAUGAAUCGUUUUAUCGGUCCUGCUAUUAGUAAAAGUAUUUAUCAACUUUAUACAAAAAAGUUAUUGUGAAAUUAUAACUUUGUUUAAUUUUAUAAUUAUUACGAAUUGACUGUGAUUUAAAUAAUAAAACUUUUUUCUAAGUAC